AUUUAAUCAAACAACUAUGCUUUGAAUUGCAAAAAAAAGAAUAUAAAAUGAUUGGGAAAAUUAUAUUUUAAUCUUUCUUUAUUCAAUCAUUGUUCACUUAAAUAUAUAGUCAAAUAAUAUAUGCAUCAGCUUAUAUCAAAUUCAUUUGAUACGGAUGAUAAUAGUAUAGGAAUGAAUAUGAAAGGUGUUGACAAUAAUAAUGUAAAUAAUACAAAUGAUAAUAUUAUACGUAAAAUAAAAGGAAUCAACACAACAAGCGGUUAUGAUGUAACAGUUAAUCAUAAUUUGAAAAGAUCAUGUAAUUCAAUAAAGAAAAUAUUUAGUCGAAGAAUAAUUUCUACAUCAUUUUCUGAAACAAAUAAUAAUAUACAUUGGAAUAAGUUAUCAGAUGAUGAUAGUUCAUCGGCUUUAACAUCAAGACUAACAAGUAAUAAAUCAUCAUAUGUAUCUUUUGAAAGUUUAUCAGGAAAUCGUGCAAUACCAUUGACAUCAUUUAUUACAAAUGAAUUGAUGACAACUACAACAUCGACCACAAUGUCAUCAGGAAAAAAUACAAGUGAUGUGAAAAUGAGAAAUAAACCUACAUCAACUGAUUUAUUAAAUGUAAAAAGAAAAUUGCAAAGGCAAUGGGCUACAUGUAGUUCAUUGUGUAACAAUAAUAAUUCUUAUAAUAUUUAUCAAACAAUUAACAGUACAGGACUAUAUGAUACAAAUUCAAUAACUUCAAAUCGUAGGUCUGGAACGACAGAGAGAAAAAAUAAAUCUCGCUGGUUAUCUUUAUGGCGUCAGUCACUUGAUCGUGGGAUCGAUUCUACAACAAACUGGUAAGUGAAAAAUAUGUAUUGCGAUUAUUUAUUGAUAAAAUAAUUUUUGGAAGGAUUCAUUCAACUAAUCAUGGUGUUUUCCGUUAUCAUUUUGUUCCUUGGAAUCCUGCUCCACCUUGUUUAGUUUGCACAAAUGGAUAGUAUUGCUGGGUCUCCCACAAACUGUGACUCAAAGCCUUAUUUUAUAAUCCUGUAAUUAAAAAGAGAGCUACA